AUGAUGCACAAGCAUGUCGAAUGCUAUGUCGAUGACUUGGUGGUCAGGUCGGAAGAUCAUAAGGAGCAUUGCGAACAUUUGACAUCAGUUUUCCAUCGGCUCAAGAAGAAACAGCUGAAGAUGAAUCCAGCUAAAUGUGCAUUUGGAGUUUCUUCAGGUAAAUUUCUCGAUUUUAUUGCUCGGCAUAGGGGCAUUGAGAUCGAUCCAAGGAAAGUUCGAGCUAUUCAAAAUAUGCCGCCACUGAAAACACUAAAGGAAUUGAAGAGUUUACAAGGAAAGCUGUUACUAGAACAGUUCUGUCAUGUUGAGAUCAAACAUAUAUCGCUAUCUGAAAAUGCAAGGGCAGAUGCUUUGGCUAGCUUAGCAGUGGCUCUGUCUUGCCCAAAUCGAAGCCCUUUGCAAGUAACUAUAGAAGAAAGAAGGUUUUUACCAUCUCCAGAAAGCAUCGAAGAAAUCGUCAAAACACUCCCUGUAUCGUGUUUAGAGAUAACGACAGAUGAUUGGCGUCAGCCCUUCAUUGAUUACCUCAAACGCUUGGGCAGCAGAAACUCCAAGCUAGCCCUUGACUUCUUCGAAUUUACAAAAUCAACCCUUGGGCUUAGUCACUCUGUCGGGACCUACAACUGUUUGAUAAGAGUCCUCUGUGAAACAGGCCUCCACAAAGCGGCAAAAUCAAAUCUUGAUUGCAUGAUGAUCGACGGGCAUUCAGCCGACAACUCACUUCUUAGGGACUUGGUAUUCGCCCAUGCAUUAGCAGGUAAUUACGAUUCAUCCAUGGAUUUGCUUGUUAAAGCUGAAGAAUACAAAUGUAGACCGAAUUCAGUUAUGUAUAAUAAUCUCUUGAAUCUAAUGGUUAAGAAGAAUCGAGUCGAAGAUGCGGUUAUGUUCUCUUCAAAGGGGCAUUUUCAUCCGGACACAUGCAUUUUCAAUAUUGUAAUAAAGGGUUUGUGUAAAUUAGGCGAUGUGGAUCGAGCAUUUAAGGUUUUUAGUGAAAUUGGCAGUUUUGAUUGUUGCCCAGACAUUGUUGAUUUCUUUGAUGGGCUGGCCAAUUGGUUGACCAGACUGGACUGGCCUGAUUUUGGGUUCAUGGCGCACACACUGGUCCCACCAGGUGAACAGCCUGGAUCUCAGGCACUCAUAGGCACAAUGAUUUGA